CUCUUUAAACUGCUUUCACCGCCACACAAACGACAUUUUUUGGUAGUUCGCUCUGCUGUCCUCCUCCCUCACACACUCGUCGCAUCUCUCUGCGUGUUUCUGAGGAUAUUUCUUUCUCUGUCGGAAAACGAACACAGACGGAGCAGUGUGUUUUUUAAAAGGCUACUUCAGUGUGCGGAUAAAGCGGAGGAGGGUUAUCCGGGCCCUGGCAGCUGCCGGAGAGUCGGCUUGAAACGACGGAAUUCACCAUUUUCAGGCCGUGCACUGCCCUGCCAUGGAGAAGAUGAAGAGGAUUAAGAAGCGUCUGUCGUUAACACUCCGCCCAAGUCAGACCAUCGACGAGUCUCUGUCCGAACUGGCCGAGCAGAUGACCAUCGAGGACGGCGGCACCAAGGACAAUGAGCCCUUCAUGAGGAACGGCCGCCCACCCACCUCCCACAGCAUGCACUCGUUCCUGCACCAGUACACCGGCUCCUUCAAGAAGCCUCCCCUCCGCCGGCCACACAGCGUCAUCGGCGGCACCCUGGGGUCCUUCAUGGCAAUGCCACGCAACGGCAGUCGCCUGGACAUCGUGCAUGAGAACCUGAAGAUGGGUUCAGACGGGGAGAGCGACCAAGCAUCAGGAACGUCUUCAGACGAGGUUCAGUCUCCAACCGGCGUCUGCCUGAGGAACCGAGUCCACCGGCGAAUCUCCAUGGAGGACCUCAACAAGCGUCUAUCUCUGCCCGCCGACAUCCGAAUCCCUGACGGCUACCUGGAGAAGCUUCAGCUCAGCAGCCCGCCCUUCGACCAGCCGCUCAGCCGUCGCUCCCGCCGAGCCUCGCUGUCGGAGAUCGGUUUUGGGAAGUUGGAGACGUACAUUAAGCUGGACAAGCUGGGAGAGGGUACAUACGCCACAGUAUUUAAAGGACGCAGUAAGCUGACGGACAACCUGGUGGCGCUGAAGGAGAUUCGGUUGGAGCACGAGGAGGGAGCGCCAUGCACCGCCAUCAGAGAAGUGUCGUUACUGAAGGACCUCAAACACGCCAACAUCGUGACGUUACACGACAUCGUCCACACCGACAAGAGCCUCACGCUUGUGUUCGAGUACCUGGAUAAGGAUCUGAAGCAGUACAUGGAUGACUGUGGAAACAUAAUGAGCAUGCACAACGUGAAGGUCUUCCUGUUCCAGAUUUUGCGAGGGCUAUCGUAUUGUCACAAGAGGAAAGUUCUCCACAGGGACCUGAAGCCCCAGAAUCUCCUCAUCAAUGAGAGAGGAGAGCUCAAACUGGCUGAUUUUGGUCUCGCAAGAGCCAAGUCUGUCCCUACUAAGACUUACUCCAACGAGGUAGUGACCCUGUGGUACCGGCCUCCUGAUGUUCUCCUGGGUUCUUCAGAGUAUUCAACGCAGAUCGACAUGUGGGGUGUUGGCUGUAUAUUCUAUGAGAUGGCUGCAGGUCGGCCGCUGUUCCCCGGCUCCACAGUGGAGGACGAGCUCCACCUCAUCUUCAGGUUACUGGGCACGCCGACAGAGGAGAACUGGCCGGGAAUCUCCUCCAUCGAAGAGUUCAAAUCCUAUAACUUCCCCAAAUAUAAACCACAGCCGUUCAUCAACCACGCUCCCAGGCUGGACGGCGAAGGCAUCGAGCUGCUGCUUUCUUUCCUCAGAUACGAGUCCAAGAAGAGGAUCUCAGCCGAGGAGGCGAUGAAACAGUCCUACUUCAGACAGCUCGGGAUGAGAGUUCACACGCUGCCUGAGAGCGUAUCAAUAUUCACAUUAAAGGAGGUGCAGCUGCAGAGAGACCCCGGCUACAGGAACUCAUCGUACCCAGAGUCAGGUAACGGCAAGAUCAACAGGAGGCAGAGCAUGCUCUUCUAGUGUUUGAUGAAGAGGAUGGUCCACUGCCCAACUUCAUCAUCACUCCCCACCCUGACCAACCUCUGUCGCAUGAGCCCACCUCCCCGUCGGAGUGACCCCCACUUUACCUGCACACACACACGCACGCACACACACAUUAACACACACACACACACACACCCCUCUGAGAGAGUGACUCUGGGUUGAAUCUAUUUGGAGACUGUGUUUAUUUAUUUGGGAGUGGGAGGGGGGGUAGAAUUUUUUUGCUGCUAAACUACUACUGUCUGUAUUUAACACACCGUGUGUGCGCGUGUGUGUGUGCGUGCGUGCGUGCGUGCGUGCCUGUGUUACAAUACGUGGACUCGAGACACCAUGCACAGUUGACCAGUCAGUAAUGUUACUGCUGUUUUUUGCUGACUACAGUUCUCUGGCUUCGUUUGAGUUAGAAUUUCACUGAUGUUGAUGUCGACGCUGUGACCCAAGUUGUUGUUCUUGUUAUCGUGCUUGGAGACCGAACGCUUCAGUUUCUUCAGAUUUUUUUUUAUAAAUAUAUAUAUCUAUAUGUAGAUAUAUAUAUAUUCAUAUAUAUUUGGAGUUUAUGUUAUGUUUUUCUUGGAGCUUCCGUGACUGAACUCUACAACAUUUCCAGGUUAAGAGGAUCUGGGAGGCGAAACAGUCAGUUUCUC